UCCAAGGGUACAUUAUUCAUUUUGUAACAUUUUAUAACUUUUUUUGUGAAAUAUAACACUGAGUUUAGUGCACAAAUCCUAAAUUGAAACAAUUUAAUUUUCACAAAAUGAAUACAAAGAUCCUAUAUCAAGAACUAAAACAUUACCUGUACCCUUAAGCCCUCAUAAUUUACUCUUGAAAAUAUAUUCUUUGUAAUUAAGACAUUUUCUCACAGCUUACACUUGAAAUCCUUGAAAGAAGAAAUUAUUCUUUUUUUUUUGAAAGGAGAAUGAACAUACAAUUGUUUAUAUUAAUUUAUAUUAAUGGUACUUAGCACACUAGUAAUGGUGCUAAAUAAUUUCUUAAUGAAUUUGUAGAGUUUGUAGACUUAUGUUGUGCAGGACUAAUUUUUUGAUGUUCCCAUGGUUUUAAAAUGAGAUUUAAAACUGUUUACAGGAAAUCACUUCCAUCUAAAAUUGUUACUAAGAAUAGAUAUUAUUACUAUUUUAAUAUGCUAAAAUAGUUUAAGCUUUGGAUUACUUAAGUAUUAUCUUAUAAAGCAUUAUUAUUUUAUAUAUAAAGGAACAGAUGCCUACAAUUACAGAAUUUUUUUGUCAUGUUUGUAAAUAGUCUUCCAAUCAUAUCUCCCAGGUAUUCUCCCUGGUUUUUAAAAUUAUGUAAAUACAUAGGCUAUCCAUUCCCUUCACUAAGUCUUCACUAUUAGUAAAGUUUGAUGUGUUUCAUCAGCAAUAUGAUAUAAAGCAAUGGGUUUUCUAUAUUUCACACAGCACUGGGCUCUGCGAAGCGUCUCUGGGGGUUCUUUGAUGUCUAGACAGUUUAAAUUAUGCCUGCUCCCCUGCCUCCGAAUUCCACCCCUGUUCUGCUUCAGGGGUUGUGGGAAACAAAAACAAACCAGAAGGGUUCCACAGCCCUACAGUCCAGGGAAGAAAACAAACAAGUAGAAUAAGCUGUAUAUCCACCCUGGCAGGUGUAUAGGAAAGGGCCCAAUUAUAAGAGAUGGAAAAAAAAAAUGAAAAUAAUGGGAGGAAAUAUUGUCUGCCUAUUUAUUUGUGAUUAUAUUUAUUAUAUGGAAAUGCAUGUGCAUUAUUAACAAAAUGAAACUUUAUAGAAGUAUUAGGGAAGAAAGUUAAAGUCAUCUCUUCCCCCAGUACCCUGGUUCUUUCCUCUCCACCUCCCCAUAGGCAGCCAAAUCUAUGACUUUGGUGGGUUUCCUGUAUAUUGUCCUAUUUAUUGAAAUGGUAAGAUAAAGAAUUGUGUUUUAAGUUGGAAAACUAACUUUCUUUUCUUCCUUUCUUUUUGUUUUUCUUUUAUAAAUCGGGAUAUCAUGGUUUUUCCAAUUCAUCUUGUUAGAAAUGGAACCUCUCCAUUAGCCUGUCUGAAUGCAAUGCUUCACACUAACACUCGAAUAGGGGAUGGAACAUUCUUCAAAAUCCCUGGAAAGUCAGGCCUCUAUGCUCUCAAAAAAGAGGAGUCGUCAUGCCCAGUGGAUGGCACGUUGGAUUUAGUCUGUGAGUCUGAAUUGGAUGGUACAGAAAUGGCAGAGGCAAAUGCCAACGGAGAGGAGAAUGGAGUUUGUUCGAAGCAGGUAACUGAUGAAGCAUCUUCCACUCGAGAUUCAAGCCUUACUAACACAGCCGUGCAAAGCAAGUUAGUGUCUUCCUUUCAGCAACACACCAAAAAGGCUCUUAAACAGGCUUUGAGGCAGCAGCAGAAAAGAAGAAAUGGAGUCUCAAUGAUGGUAAACAAGACUGUUCCUCGUGUUGUUUUGACACCAUUAAAGGUGUCUGAUGAGCAGUCGGAUUCGCCUUCAGGAUCCGAAUCUAAAAAUGGUGAAGCAGACAGUUCAGAUAAAGAAAUGAAACAUGGGCAAAAAUCUCCCACUGGAAAACAAACAAGUCAGCACUUAAAACGAUUAAAAAAGUCUGGUUUAGGACACUUGAAAUGGACCAAAGCUGAGGACAUUGACAUAGAAACCCCAGGAUCUAUUCUUGUCAACACUAACUUGAGGGCAUUAAUAAAUAAACAUACAUUUGCUUCCUUACCUCAGCAUUUUCAACAAUACCUCCUGCUUUUGCUCCCAGAAGUGGAUAGGCAGAUGGGCAGUGAUGGAAUUUUACGCCUCAGUACUUCAGCUCUAAAUAAUGAAUUCUUUGCAUAUGCAGCACAAGGGUGGAAACAGCGACUGGCAGAAGGAGAAUUUACCCCAGAAAUGCAGUUGCGGAUAAGGCAAGAAAUUGAGAAAGAAAAGAAAACAGAACCGUGGAAAGAAAAAUUCUUUGAGAGGUUUUAUGGAGAAAAGUUGGGCAUGUCAAGAGAGGAAUCUAUGAAGCUCACUUCUAGACCAAACAAUGAUGGAGCUGAAAGUAGUUCCUCAUGUGGGACCUCUGGCCUUCCGGGUUCUUCUGCACAGACUGCCUUGGAAGAACAACAGCCAAAAAGCAUGAAAAGCCCAGAUUCUCCAGAGCCCAUUUUCUGUGCCACUCUUUGUCCUAUGGUAGAGGUUUCAGCUAAAGAUGUGAUGGCAGAAUCAGAAUCAGAGGAUAUCUUGAUCCCGGAAGAAUCUAUAAUUCAGGAGGAAAUUGCAGAAGAGGUAGAAACUAGUAUCUAUGAAUGCCAGGAUGAAAAUCACAAAUUUUCUGAGGAGUCUGAAAGUCCAAUCAACUCUCAAGAAGAGCCUCAUAUUGCAACUCCUGAAGAUAACUUGGAAUCUUGUGUUAUGAUGAAUGAUGUUUUAGAAACCUUACCUCAUAUUGAAGUUAAGAUAGAAGAGAAAUCAGAAUCUCCCCAGGAAGAAAUGUCGGUUGUUAUUGAUCAUUUAGAAGUCUGUGACUCUCUUGUUCCUUCCACUUCAUCUGUGACUCAUGUCAGUGACACAGAACAUAAGGAGCCAGAAACUGCAAUAGAGACCAAUACUCCAAAAAUAAAAACAGGGUCAUCUUCUCUAGAAGGCCAGUUUCCAAAUGAAGGAAUUUCUGUAGAUAUGGAGCUACAGAGUGAUCCUGAAGAACAGCUUUCUGAAAAUGCUUGCAUCUCUGAAACUUCCUUCUCUUCUGAGAGCCCGGAGGGAGCCUGUACCAGCCUGCCAUCCCCAGGAGGGGAAACCCAAUCCACGUCAGAAGAAUCAUGUACUCCAGCCUCCCUUGAAACGACAUUUUGUUCGGAGGUGUCCAGCACUGAAAAUGCAGACAAAUAUAAUCAGAGGAAUUCCACUGAUGAAAACCUUCAUGCAUCUUUGAUGUCAGAAAUAUCUCCAAUAUCCACUUCCCCUGAAAUAUCGGAAGCAUCUCUUAUGUCCAACUUACCAUUAACAUCUGAAGCAUCGCCAGUAUCCAACUUACCUUUAACAUCAGAAACAUCACCAAUGUCUGACCUACCUUUGACAUCAGAAACUUCUUCAGUGUCUUCCAUGCUGCUUGCCUCUGAGACCACUUUUGCAUCCAGUUUGGCACUUCCUUCAGAAACAUCUCCAAUCUCUAAUUCUUCCAUAAAUAAUAGAAUGAUGCAUCAACAAAGAAAGUCACCAUCUGUAUCUGAAGAACCACUGUCCCCACAGAAAGAUGAACCUUCUGCCCAGACCAAAUCCCUGGGAGAGAACCUUAACUCCCAGAAAAAGACUCUAUCCAAUACUCCUGAACCCAUCAUAAUGAGUUGUUCUUCCAUUGCUCCUGAAGCAUUUCCAUCUGAAGAAUUGCACAAUAAGACCCUGAGUCAGCAGCCUUGUAAAUCACAUGUUGACAAUGAGAAAUCCUACCCUGUGUCAAUUCCAGAACUUCCUUCUACUGAAAUUAUAAAAGUUAAAAAUCCUAGUGUCCUUCAAAGAACAGAAAAGAAAAUAGUAUCCUCACCAUUGGAAUUAUCUGUUUUUUCUGAAGACACAGAGAGUAAGGGAAAUGAGCUUCCAUCAAUCAAAUUACAGGAAAAGCAAUAUGCCUCCUCAGUGGAUAAGGCUUCAUUUUCGGAAGGUUCUAGAAGUAAAACACAUAAGCAAGGGAACACGCAGAGUCGGUUGGAGACCUUACAUACUUCGAAAUUGUCAGAGCCCUCCAAGUCACCUGAAGGGAUAAGAAAUGAAAGUAGAGAUUCAGAGAUAUCCAAAAGGAAAACUGCAGAGCAGCACAGCUUUGGAAUCUGUAAGGAAAAGAGAGCCAGGAUAGAAGACGAUCAGUCAACCCGGAACAUAUCCUCCAGCAGCCCACCUGAGAAAGAACAGCCUCCAAGAGAGGAGCCCAGGGUUCCUCCUCUCAAGAUACAGCUUUCCAAAAUUGGGCCACCUUUUAUAAUCAAGAGCCAACCAGUCUCCAAACCGGAGUCUCGAGCAUCCACUAGCACCUCUGUCAGUGGAGGCAGGAACACAGGAGCCAGGACUCUUGCAGAUAUCAAGGCCCGGGCCCAGCAAGCUCGGGCCCAGCGAGAGGCUGCUGCAGCUGCUGCUGUAGCUGCUGCAGCGAGCAUCGUCUCUGGAGCGAUCGGGAGCCCAGGAGAAGGUGGAAAGGCGAGAACCCUGGCACACAUCAAAGAGCAGACAAAAGCUAAGCUCUUUGCAAAACAUCAAGCCCGAGCCCACCUUUUCCAGACCUCUAAAGAGGCCCGAUUGCCUCCGCUCAGCUCAAAGGAAGGGCCUCCAAACUUAGAAGUUUCUUCUACCCCUGAAACAAAAAUGGAAGGUUCAACGGGUGUCAUUAUUGUCAAUCCAAACUGCAGAUCUCCCAGCAACAAGUCUGCACACCCCCGGGAGCCCGCCACUGUAUUACAACAGUCUCUUAACCCAACUAAACUUCCAGAAACUGCCACUGACUUAUCUGUGCAUAGUUCUGACGAAAACAUACCUGUGUCACAUUUAUCCGAGAAAAUUGUUUCAUCUACCUCUUCAGAAAAUAGCAGUGUGCCCAUGCUUUUUAAUAAAAAUUCUGUCCCUGUAUCUGUUUGCAGCACUGCUAUGUCGGGAACAAUUAAAGAACAUCCCUUUGUGAGUUCUGUUGAUAAAUCCUCUGUUCUAAUGUCUGUUGACAGUGCAAACACUACGAUUUCUGCUUGUAAUAUAAGCAUGUUAAAAACCAUCCAGGGAACUGACACUCCGUGCAUAGCCAUUAUACCAAAAUGUAUUGAAAGCACUCCCAUGCCGGCCACUACUGAGGGCUCUAGUGUAUCGAGCUCCAUGGAUGAUAAGCAGUUACUAAUACCAAGCAGUAAUGCUGGUAACUUAGUCUCCAGUCAGUACACCUCUGUGCCAACUCCCUCCAUUGGAAAUAGUUUGCCAAACCAUCUUUCCACUAGCUCUGUCUUGAUUCCCCCAUCGGGAAUUAACAACAGAUUUCCUUCUGAGAAGAUAGCCAUGCCUGGGAGUGAAGAACAGGCCACUGUCUCCAUGGACACCACUGUGAGAGCAGCCCUCAGCUGCAGUGAUUCCGUCGUGGUCACAGACUCUCUGGUUGCACACCCACCUGUCACAAUGUUUACUGGAAACAUGCUAACAAUAAACUCCUAUGAUAGUCCUCCCAAGUUAAGUGCUGAAAGCUUGGACAAAAAUUCAGGGCCUCGAAACAGGGCAGACAAUUCUGGGAAACCUCAGCGACCACCAGGGGGCUUCGCACCAGCAGCCAUAAACAGAUCAAUUCCCUGUAAAGUCAUAGUGGACCACAGCGCCACGCUGACCUCCAGCUUGUCUCUGACUGUCUCCAUUGAAAGUGCAGAGGCCAGCGUGGACCUCCAGGGCAGGUCAGUGAGGACAGAGGCAUCCAUACAGCCCAUGGCCUGUCCUCAGGUGUCUGUUAUUAGCAGGCCCGAGCCAGUUGCAAAUGAAGGCCUAGAUCACGGUUCUAGUUUCAUUGCCACACCUACAACGAAACAAGAUUGUAAGACGUUGCAAGCCACCUGCACAAGCCUCCGAGAAUUGCCCCUUGUUGUUCCGGAUAAAUUAAAUGAGGCGACUGCUCCUAGUCACAGCUUUGCCGAGCAGGCACGUGGCCCAGCUACUUUCAAAAGUGAAGCAGACACAACCUGUAGCAAUCAAUACAACCCAGGUAACAGGAUUUGCUGGACUGAGGAUGGGAUGAGGAGCACAGGACAGCCUCUGGUGAGUCACUCGGGUGCAAAUAAACAAAAAGAAUAUCUAGAUCAGAGCUGUCCAAAGGCUAUCAAAACUGAACAUGCCAGCUACUUGAACGUGUCAGAACUUCACCCCAGGAAUCUCAUAACAAACGUCACUCUUCCUGUGAAAUCCGAACUUCAUGAAGUGGACAAGGGCUUUAGAAUGGAUACUGAAGACUUCCCUGCCCCGGAGCUGCCGCCGCCUGCUGCAGAGGCAGCCUCUAGUGCACAACAAACACAGAAUGUGAAAGCUCCCACCUCGAGUCCCAUGGAAGAGGCGAUUUCCUUGGCUCCAGACACCCUGAAAAGAGUCCCUAGCACGGGCAGCUCAAGCUGCCGACUGUCGUCGGUGGAGGCUAACAAUCCACUGGUGACACAGCUACUACAGGGCAACCUGCCGUUGGAAAAAGUGUUGCCACAGCCCCGACUGGGAGCCAAGCUUGAAAUCAGCAGGCUCCCUUUGCCUCUUCAAACUACCUCAGUGGGUAAAACAGCACCAGAGAGGAAUGUUGUGGAAAUGCCGUCCAGCUCUCCAAAUCCAGAUGGCAAGGGAUACUUGGCAGGGACUCUCGCACCGCUACAGAUGAGAAAGCGAGAAAACCACCCCAAAAAGAGGGUGGCCAGGACUGUGGGGGAGCACACUCAAGUGAAAUGCGAGCCGGGGAAGCUGCUGGUGGAGCCGGAUGUGAAAGGGGUGCCUUGUGUGGUCAGCGCGGGCGCGAGCCAGCUGGGGCACAGCCAGCCGUUCAAGCCAGAGUGGCUGAACAAGCACUCCAUGCAGAACAGGGUCGUCCACAGCCCCGAGGUCAAGCAGCAAAAGCGGCUGCUCCCCUCGUGCAGCUUCCAGCAGAACCUGUUUCACGUGGACAAGAAUGGCGGCUUCCACCCCGACGCGGGGACCUCGCACAGACAGCAGUUUUACCAAAUGCCCGUGGCCGCCAGGGGCCCCGUUCCUACCGCGGCUCUGCUGCAGGCCUCUUCCAAGCCCCCAGUGGCGUGUAGCGCGUUUGCCUUCAACAGGCAUCUUGAGCAGAAGGGACUGGGAGAGGUCAGUCUCCCCGCAGCACCUCACCAGCUGAGGCUAGCCAACAUGCUGUCCCCCAGCAUGCCCAUGAAAGAAGGCGAGGAGGUGGGCGGCGCCACACAUGCCAUGCCAAACAAGGCUCUGGUGCAGCCGCCGCCCCCGCCGCCGCCCCCGCCGCCGCCCUUGGCUUUGCCCCCGCCGCCCCCACCGCCACCUCCACUACCUCCACCUCUCCCCAGCGCAGACGUCCCGCCCGAUCAAAAACAACCGCCAGUCACCAUGGAAACCACUAAGAGACUUAGUUGGCCACAGUCCACGGGCAUAUGUAGCAAUAUAAAAUCGGAACCUCUUUCUUUUGAGGAAGGUUUAAGCAGCAGCUGUGAACUGGGCAUGAAACAAGUUUCCUAUGACCAGAAUGAAAUGAAAGAACAGUUAAAAGCAUUUGCGCUAAAAAAUGCAGAUUUCUCUUCCUAUUUGCUUUCUGAGCCACAAAAGCCUUUUACCCAAUUAGCUGCUCAGAAAAUGCAGGUGCAGCAACAACAGCAGCUCUGUGGAAAUUAUCCAACAAUACACUUCGGUAGCACGAGCUUCAAAAGGGCGGCAUCUGCCAUUGAAAAGUCCAUUGGGAUUUUGGGAAGUGGCUCCAACCCGGCCACGGGCCUGCCAGGUCCGAAUGCUCAGAUGCCCAUUCAGAACUUUGCCGACAGCAGCAACGCGGACGAAUUGGAACUGAAAUGCUCUUGCCGGCUGAAAGCCAUGAUUGUGUGCAAAGGCUGUGGGGCCUUCUGCCAUGACGACUGCAUAGGUCCUUCAAAACUGUGUGUAGCAUGCCUAGUUGUACGAUAAAAGCUGAGUGAAAGAUGCAGUAUCCCUUUUCCACACGGAAAAGCCAGACAGCAUCCGCAACAACAAAUUGAAAAACACGGUCAUUUAUAUCAUGCUAAUUUAUUUUGCUUUGGAACAGAUUAUCUUUUCUCUAUGGGAUUAUUGUUUUCUUGCAUUUCUCUCAUAAAGGGAAGGAUGCCUCCCAACCAAAUGGCUUGGUGGCGUAUCUUUUAUGUAUUUAGUUGCCAUCCCCAGCUUUGGAAAAUUUCUGUCUAUGUGUAUACAGGUCACUGCCCCAUUCUUUUCUUUUUUUUUAUUCUUUUAACCCCGGUGUAGAUAGGAAAAGGACAUUUUUCAUUACUUAAUGACCAGAAAUGCAGAUGUAGAAAGAAGUUGAUAAAAGUGAUUUGAAGUGGUUAUGCAUUUUUCUGUAGAUUAGCCAUUACAGCAAAGGUUUUUACAGCUGAUUUUCCUGGACUUUGCCACAAUUAUUAAGUCAUUUGAACAAGGGAAUCUGAUUUAAAUGUGUGAUUCCUUGUAUUUAUUCAUAUCCCAAAAGUUAUAUUAGACGAGGUGUGCCAUUAAUGAAAUCCACUCUCCUGAUUAUUCUUUUUCUUCCAUUUUUACUCUUUCUCAGAGACUGUGCAGAAGAUCUAGAUCUGCCUUGGAUUUUGUGCACAUAUUGUAGUGAAAUGUGUCCUGCACCUGAGAUGGCAGCAAAGGCCUGGUGCCCAGGAAUCUGAUUGUAGCCAUUUGACACCUGAUAAUGUGAGAUCAGUUGGCAACAGACAGUUAUAGGCCAGAGGGUUUUGGAGCUUCAUGUGUGGCUUUUAAGAGCAAGUUUGAAAACAAUGUCCUAAAAUUAAAAGCAAAAGAAUAAAAUGCUGUAUAUGCACAUAUAAAUGGGUUGAAAAUGUAAAUAUUAGUCCAUUAUAUUCACUCUAAUACAAUUACUAGAUAUUAAAAUGGGGGGGGAAAUAAUUGUAGUCCUUCAUUGGUGACACCCAUGCAUUCUGGCUUCUGACCUUGCAGAAGUCAGACACCUCUUUAUAAAAGUGUCAGUGAUAGAAGGGAGACUACCCAAGGCUGAGAAGUUGGCAUUUUUCAGAAGAAAUUUUUUUUCUUAUGAUUCACCACCUAUGUCUUUGACUCUGAAAUAAUCCUUAUUUUCAAGAAUUGUUCUAGGUAUGGCAUAGUUUGUUUUCUCCUUCAGGUGAAUCCAAUAGAUUCUUCAUUUUUAAAGGAACUGCUUUUGAAAAAGGGAUACUGCAUCUUACAGUUAUCUUCAGUGUUUAUCCAGUAAAGUCUGAAUGUUGAGUAUUUGAGCUGCCAUUCCAUACACUUUGGCCACUCUCAUGCCGGAGAACAGCUGUAGUUCAGAAGGCUCUGUUCCCAAAAGCAAGUUCAAAAGCACAUGCACAUUGUGGGAAGAUAAAAGAAAACAAAAACCACGUCCAUUUAACUUCCGAUUACAGAGCACAAAAUGUGGAGUGCCAUUAACCCAUUGAUUGAUUGUGGCUGUAGAAUUAAAAAAAAAAAAAAAAAAAGCAAAAACAUGGGGGGAAAUCAUCUGUAUCCAGGGUAAGAGUGACAGAUAUUUUCACAUGGGAUCAUCCUAAUCCAAGUAAACUUUUUGACAUUCCUUUAAAACACGUCUUAAAAGUUGACUGGAUUGAGCAGAAAUUACAUUCCUGAAAAAAACGAACGCUCGUGGUUUUUUAUAAUAACUAUGGUAUAUGUUUUUUCCCCUUCAUAUUUAUUAUUGUGAUGUUGCCAAAUUUCUUUAGGUGAUAGAGACAUCAUUUUGAAUAACAAAUUGCUGAUAGUGAAAGGUACUUUAUCUUCAUAAGAAAAAAGCCAAGAAAGGCCUGCUGCUGUGGCCCCGAUUCAGUGCUUCAGUGCUUCAGAAUUGUCACUUGUGUUUUUCACAGUAUAAUUACCAAAAUUAACAACUGAGAAAGUUAGCAAUGCACUUAACCGGCCCUUCCCAAGGAAUGCAGCAUAAGUUCCAGCAUCAUACCAGGCUGUACUGGGAUGCCAUCCUUAUCAGUGGUGUCUUUAUGGUCUGCUUGGCUGUGAUAUCUUGAUUCUGAAGAUCAUGCUCUUAGUCUCACAGUGGGGCACCUCUAUGAUACAGACACUUGCAUGCCAAUUCCUUCUUCCAAAUCCAGUCACUGCUAUACCAGUGUCAGUACUGUCUACACCAGCAGAUUGAAAACUACCACAUCAGUAACUGACACAAUGUUGAAAGAAACUGCAGUCUACAAACCCUUUGCAUUCUGUAUGUAAGGUAUAAUUGAGGCCAAUGGGAUACUGAGCUCAUUAUCAGUUCUGUCUUUGUUAAAUACUGCCUGCAAGUUGCUUACUGGGAAUAAAGAGAAGUGUCCUUCUGUAUGUUUUGCUUUUUCCCAUAAUAGGUUUGGAGAAUCAGUUGUUGAUAGUGCAUGGAUUCUGUUAUCCAGGUCCAAAGAACAUAAUUUUUCUGUGCCCUUGCUCUUUUUUGCCCCAGUUCAAAUUCCUAGUGUUCUAAUAUCAUUUAUAUAACUGAAAAAGUAAUAUCUUUUUGGCUAAAAAAGUAAUGGCAAGGAAGAAGAGAAAUUCAGAAGUAAAAUGUGGAUCAGAUAUUCUAUAGGUGUCCAUUUAAUAUAUAUACAAAAGCCAGUAUAUUUGAAUUAGGUUAAUAGGUUCUUAGUUUCCAGAUUUCUACAUGUGUCUGCCUAUGUGCAAAUGGAGUAUGUUAUUUACUACAUGGUUAUUGUGGUGUAAUGUGCAAAUUUUAGUAUGUGCAUUAUCCUGAUUACUGGACACUAUUUUAUCCCUAUCAGGAAUAGAACUUGCACAUGCAACAUGCAAUUUUUGUUUUUUAUCACAAAGGAUGUAUUUCCCUAAGUAGCACUUUUGGAGCAGGGGAAGGAAGAAAACUGCUAUUCCCUAAACCCCCUCCUAUAUGAUAUGCAUAUGCCUGAGGUGUAUAAAGACAUUUAGUUAGUUAAUGGGCAUGUUAAUAAGAGCAUUUUGAUGCAAAUUCAUUUUCAAAAUGAAAAUAUUUUUUCUCCCCCAAAGUGAGAAUAGCAGAAAUUUUGGUGAACUGAGCACCAUAGUUAUAUAUGAUAUUUCCCUGCAAAGGUCUAGUUUGAAGAAAAAACUUGAAAACAAGCCUAUGAGGUUGAGCCUGGUUGCUAUAAAGACUUUAGGGUGGUAUGUGUUUUGGGGAUGAGCUAUAGGAGGUUUAGUUGAUUUCUGGACCUUGGAUAUUCUUACUCGGUUCAAAAUAAACACGGAAACAAACCAGUGCAUAUGGUGCUUCCUAAGGCAGUCGAGAGUAAGAAUAUAGGUUGCUGCAGCCCCAUUUCCUUUACAAACAUUCAACUCGCACAAUUUAAAAAGAAGCAGUUAUUGUGGCCUCUGGUUUUCCAAUCCCUCCGUGAAGGUGAAAUUCCAGGUUUUGGAAGCUGAAGCCAAGCUUAGGGUCGCAUGGUCUUCUAUGGUGUUGAGGCGCCCAGCACAGCAGUAGCUGCCUGGUGGGAGUGACUCCUCUGAGCAUGCAGAGCCCAGAGUCAAUGUCCAUCUGUGUUCCCAGAGAACAAUGUGAAGGGUCCUAGAAUGGGAACUCGUCAGACUGUCAGGGGCCUAUGUAGCCAAAAUGUCACUGAAUAUAAAAAUCCUGUCGUCUUCAGUCCUCAUGCUUUGUCACUGUAAAACAAACAAAAAGCAUUUUUACUAUAAUUUAAAGGAGCUGCUUUUUUAUAGCACAUACUAUUUCGCUUUGUACUAUAUUUGAUAGUUGCAGAAUAAUUUAGACUGUAGAAAAACUCUGUUGUAUUUGUACUGUUCAUGAAUGUUUCAAAGAAAGUGCUUUACUUGGUUGCCAUAAUUUUCUUGUACUGCUGUAUUCCCCUCGCUUCAUGGAAACCUAAUCUGAUUCAUAUUUUCAGUAGUUUUUUUUUUUUUUUUUUUAUGGGUGUUUGAGUGUAUUUUUUUUUUUUUUUGGUCAGUAUUCUGAAUGUUUACAUCUGUUUGACAUUAGCCAUUUAAUGCCUUUUUUAAAAGGCGGUAUUACUCCUACAGUGUAACAGCAAAAUGUGAAAUCAACCCAAACAUAACAUGCAUGACAAACACAGAUUGGGGGCAAAGGCCCUGAACAUACAUAGACAUUUUAUAUCAGCAUACAGAAAAGUAAAAUCCUCCUUCAGUCCUCUACCAAAGAAUAUAUUAAUCCCACAGGAAAAACUCAGAAAAGGUGUGUAAAAUCCUCAGAAGGAGGAGCAGUUGAUUCAGUGAGACUGCUACAAUUUAAUACUGUUACGCUUGCUUUGAUACCUGACUAAAUGUGACUGAGUGCAACAAGCAUUUAAAAAAUUUUUAGACAGUGUUUGUUUAGAAUUCAGGGAUCAUGCAUUCUUUAAUGGUGCUGUUUGUUUUUUAUUUCUUUUCUACAAAGAAAACAAGUGUUGCCUACAAAAGUGACUGCUCACAAUACCAUAAGUUAAAUGAAAUGAAAUGUUUGUCUCUUCAUGUUUCUCUGUUUUUUUUUCCCUUUCUCAAAGUAACAACUUGGGUUUCAAUAUUAAAAUAUUCUGGAGAAAAUAAAGGAAUCAAACAUGAAA